AAAACUCACUUUUAAUUUCUCGCACAGUGUCUGCAGUAAAAUCUCUUCUUUUUUCUUUGUCCAUUUUAUUGGAUCAAUAUAUACUUCCAGAAUGCAGUACCAAGAAUCAGAGUCGUCGUGGGGAAAUCGACACAACACAAAGGGAAGGCGACGAUCGUCGUCGUCUUCGGACUCGUUGGAAAGGGUGGUGAGGCUGGCUUCAGGAAGUGCAGUGGUGAUAUUCAGCUCGAGCUCAUGUUGCAUGUGCCAUGCAAUAAAAAGGCUGUUUUGUGAUUUGGGAGUGAGCCCAACGGUAUACGAGCUGGACCAAGAACCUAAAGGGAAAGAGAUGGAGAGAGCACUCUCAAAGCUUCUAGGCAACUCACCUGCAGUUCCUGUUGUUUUCGUAGGUGGAAAACUAAUUGGAGCAAUGGAUAGAGUUAUGGCCUCUCAUAUUAAUGGCUCUCUUGUCCCACUUCUCAGAGAAGCUGGUGCUCUCUGGCUUUAAUUCCAAUAUCAUUUCUUUUUCCAUGUGAUGAUAUCUAUAUUUUCUUUUCAUUUAAGAAAAUAACAUAUUUGGAAAUUAAGUCUUUAACUUUUAAUUAACUUUCUAUUUUACCUUAAUAACACAUAUUUAAGUUCAUAGAAAAUGUGAUAACAAGUUUACGAUAAUGAGUUUU